CUCACUCUUUGAGGCCAGAGUUUAGCAGCUGUCAGAGGACGGAGCAGAAGAUAGGAGGCUUUGCGAAAAGAAGGACGGAGAGAAAAUGCAACACAGGAGCGAUUCCCGACAUCAACACUUCUUCUCACAGCCAUCCACGGUUCAGCCUUUAAACUGUUAAUCUUUAGCCUCCGAGCUGGCGGACUUUCCCUCAGCUGUUGCUUUGUUUUGCUUUGCUUUGAUCGGCGCAGCGCUCUGUUGUCCAGAACUAGUCCAGACAUGAGCAACGCUAUCCCGAUUUUCUGGGACCAGUUGCAGGCUGGCAGCUCGGAUGUGGACUGGUGUGAAGGGAAUUACCUCAUCUACCCCAGCAUCGCUGAAUUUUACAACACGAUCAGCAACAUCUUGUUCUUUGUUUUGCCUCCUAUACUGAUGUUUUUGUUCCGUGAAUAUGCCCAGCACUUCAACAAUGGGAUCUACCUCAUCUGGAUCCUGCUGGUGGUGGUCGGCAUCGGUUCAACAUAUUUUCACGCCACACUCAGCUUCCUCGGCCAAAUGUUGGAUGAGCUGGCCAUCCUUUGGGUGCUCAUGUGUGCCAUCGCCAUGUGGUUUCCCAAGCGAUACAUGCCAAAGAUGUUCAGGAGAAACCGUUUGAGGUUCAAAGUGGUCAUCGGCAUCCUGUCUGGGAUCACCACCGCUUUGGCUUUUGUUAAACCUGUGGUCAACUCACUGUCGCUCAUGACUCUGGGCAUCCCCUGCACGGCGCUGCUCAUCACCGAGCUUAAAAGGUGUGAAAACUACCGUGUGUUCAAGCUGGGGCUGAUCUCGGGGAUCUGGUGGGCGCUAGCUCUGCUCUGCUGGAUCAGCGACAGGAUAUUCUGUGAAAUGUGGUCUUCAGUCAACUUCCCCUAUUUGCAUUGUGCCUGGCACAUCCUCAUCUGUCUGGCCUCCUACUUAGGCUGCGUCUGCUUCGCCUACUUCCAUGUGGCUACCGAGGCCCCAGAGCAAGGCCCCGUCAUCAUGUUCUGGCCCAACGAGAAGUGGGCUUUCAUUGGGGUGCCAUAUGUAUCUCUGCUCUGCGUUCAGAAAAAAUCUGCCAUCAAGGUGACAUAACCUGGUCUUCAUAGUUCUCAGCUCUACGGCUUUGACACCAGCAGGAUCCUGCAACCUGUCUGCAAGCUGCACUGCCCCCCCCGAAAACAGUGUCCGCUUUGAUCUGACUGGAAGAGGCACAUUUCAAAGAGUGAACCUAAACCUGCUCUGGGAUCUACUUUGAAUACGGACUGAGCUGCAUUUAUGAAUCUCUGAUGUCAUUAAUAUGUGAAUUAUCAUGCAGGGCAAGUCCUUAAAUGACAUAUCAAAGCCAACAAACCUUUACAGUGUUCUACACAUAAACUCAGGCUUUGCAUGAGACAUCAUGUGACUUUCUCAGAGCGUUCAGAUUAGUUAGGUAUCUGUGGCUUUGAUUCAGUUUCUAAAUGUUGGAAGACCUCAAUAUUAAGCAUAAUUCUGCUUCAAUAAUAAUCAUACAGCAACUCGUUGGAGCCAGGUAUGGUAACAUAGAAGUAAUCAAAUAGACACCCGAUUUAUAAGCUGAUUCCUACAAGAAGGUAAUUCUUGCCAAGCCUUAGGGUCUAAUCUAGCCAUUGUUUGCCUCCAGCAUGCUACUGUGAUUCUUUUUUUUUGUUUUGAGUUAUUUCAUUUAAAUGUUGCUAAACAUCAAUGCAAAAAAAAAAAAACUGUGAUUCCUGUAUUAUGAAAGGAGUCGAUAAACCUAAUUGUCAUUUACAGUUUUCAGUCUUAAAAAAACCCAAAUACCAUUCAGAUUUUUGUGAACAUAACAUGGCUGAUGAGCCAUUUUCAUUAGAUUUCAGCCUUGUAAAGUUCAUAUUUAUAGGAUUUAUUUGAUGUGAUGCAUUUCAUAUGUUGGGUGCUCCUCAAAGUGUUAAAGUAAUAUAAAAAGGUGCAAAUGCAUUUCAUAUAAGAUAACAAUAUAAUUGCAUAUAUAUAGAAAAAACAUAAUUGUGUUUUGAAGGGAAUGUGCAUUGGUUCUGUAAGUUUUAUUUUGCAUCCUGUAAAAAAUCUGCUAAUGGUAAUGCAACAGGUUAUAUUCUGUUUUUUUUUUUUUUUUUUUCUCUUGACCUCUUAUCCAGAAACCAAUAAAAAAAGAAGGAUGUAGUUUGAAUGUUUCUUAAUGAAAUGCUAUACCUAAGAGAAUGAUAACUAUUAAGUUUUUUUUUCCUUCUCAAAUAUUUGUAUGACAAUUUGAAUUGUUGUUGCACAUUAUUAGACAUUUCUACGACAUGCAAAGAAUUUAAAGUUGCAAAAAUAAGUGGUGCAAUCAUUAAAAGUCAAUGAAAGUUUGUAAUUUGCAAGAAUCCAGAAAAAACAGACUGAGAUGAUGUCUUUUUAUUUGUUUUUUUGAAAUAUGUUAAGUUGUAAAGUUCAAUAUUUUUCAUAAAGGAAGAGAAAAGGUCCCACAGGGAAUGAUGGCUUCCAUUUUACAGUGUUUCUGCCUUUUGUUUUGUCAGACUUUGUAAAUGUAUAUUUUAGAGAAACUUUAGGAAGGAUUUACGAUGUGAAGCGAUACCCAUAGUAUCCGCUGUGUACGGCACAAUAUGUUGAAUGAGGUAGUUAAAGGUGAUAAGAUAAUUGUUUGCAGUGGAAAUGAAUAAUAUUGCAUCACAGUUAGCAGCCAAUGAAAAAAAGAGCAGACCUUUAUAUUCUGCCGUUUUGCUUUGUGAUGUUUAAUCCGUGUGAAUCUCAGUGUUUCUCCACUUUCAGUCAAAAUACGGAUAAAUUGCACAGACAUAUUUAUUUUCAUGAAUGACUCUCUUUUGUACGCAAAUAUUUGUAGCAGAUUAGAGUUUUGAUAUUUUCUGUAAUAAAUAAAG